AUGGUGGCAUCCUCUAUCGAGGAGAAUGCUGAUAGUAUCGAGAGCAUACGAGCCAAGAGCAAAAACUUAAAGGGUGAUCUUUCGCACACUAUUAAGCUUAAUGUGCAGAGAAUUAAAUGUGCGGCGGCUGAUUUAGCUACAAGGUGCGAAUUGACGGGCGAUGUCUCAUAUCUACAUAUGAGAGAGACGGAACUUCUUAAAGAGAACAAGGAGCUUAAGACGGAGAACAUUUCGCUUCGUGAUCAGAUUGACGCCCUGAGACGUGAGCUAAGGCAAUUUAAGCAAGACGUACAUGAUGGAAAGAUCGGAAUUGGUUUGAAAUCCCCAAAACGGAUUGUUCCUACCAGGGAUAUAGCAACGUCUCCUUUGGAAUCCCUGCGGUAUUCGAGCUUGUCUCUGCCGGCUGGUAGCAAGUCCUUUGUAGGAUCGCAGGCGAACAACAUUCGGGGCCCUUCGAUCUUGCCUGGCCGGAGGUCACUGGCCCGGAUUGAGGAGAGUGGGCGUAACGUGUCUGAUGUGAGUCGACUUGCACAGAUAAAUAGAAGGAGCUCUAAAGGACGCCUAACCUCGGAGGAUGACAGAGGUAUUCAGGAAGAUCGUGGGAGUCGAGUACCUCAAUCCCGACGUAGACGGCGGAGAAGACGUUCUACCACUGAAGAAGAGAUAAGAGGCUCUGAUGCACCAGUGACCCAGAGCGACACAGAAUGGUCGGUGGUCGAAUCGAGAAGGAGAAGGCGGGAGCGUUCAAGGAGAGAUAGGCGGGAAGACGCGGAUUCUCCAAUGUUGAAGCGACAGUCGAAGGUCCAAGGAAACCUGAAACUUCCUCGCAUUCGCCCCCCGCGCUCUGCUGCGGUGGCCAUUAGGGUCACAGACGGGAAAACUUCCUAUGCUGACAUCAUGAGGAAGGCGCGGCGAGAAGUUAACCUCGAGCAGUUAAAUCUCGGGGAUACAAGGAUACGGAAAGACGUAUCUGGUAGGCUGCUAGUCCAGAUCCCUGGGAAAGGCAGCAAAGAGAAGGCGCGACAACUGCAAGAUAAGUUGCAGCUAGCUCUUGGACAAGAAGCUCGCGUAACAAUACCGUCCAAGCGAGCUGAAAUCCGUAUUGUCGGAUUUGAUGAUUCCGUGACUGAGGAUGAGGUUGUGGAGAGAAUCACGACGGAUGGAGGGUGCAAUAGAAGCGACAUCAAGACGGGUCCGAUUAGGUCUAUGGCGAAUGGACUAUAUGCAGUCUGGUUACAGUGUCCAGUUGAUGUGGUCCAGAAUCUGGUCAAAAUAGGACGUGUGAGGCUUGGAUGGACUUCUGCGCGUGUGGUGUUGCUCCCGCCAAGAAGACUCCAAUGCUUCAGGUGUCUAGAAUUCGGGCACGUAAGAUCCAUGUGUCCGAGUGACACCGAUAGAAGCAAUCUUUGCUAUAGGUGUGGAGAGGCUGGUCACAAAGCCUCGGCCUGUUCUGGUCGAAUUCGGUGUCCUGUGUGCUUGUCACGUGGCCUUGUAGCAGAUCAUAGGGUCGGAACUGACAAAUGUGCGGCGCGAAGGAUUAGUGGUAUUCGAACUCGGCCUCGGAAUGCCUCUGAUGAACUUGGUCCUGCAAAUAUUGGUGAUAAAAGUGCAAGAGAAUCCGCUGGUGGAGGUCUGGUGGGUGGCGACAAUUUAAUGCAGUUAUGUUAA